AUGAAACUGAUGUCUGAUAUGCCCAAGCCAGAAUGGAGUAUGGAAAAGGAGACGGAGAAAGCCAAUAUCGAGCAGACGACUCCGGAAGAUAGCAUAUCGGCUAUCUUCUCCAAGCAAGAACCUUCACUUGGCUCAAAGAUCGUCAAUGUCGCGAAAGAGGCAACGAGUAGCGCUUGGGAAAUGAAGAAAAAGACCUGUCCCUUGAUGCCACAGAAUACGCCAUGCAUGUCAAACAAAUGCUGUCUGGAAAGAUUGCCUGGUGUGCGACAACUCAAGGAAAAAAUUCAGCCGACCAAGAAGAAUGAGGCCUAA